AUGUCUUCCGUGUCAGCCAGGAGGGUCCGAAAGGGCACGCGAAGCUGUUGGCAGUGUCGACACCGCAAGGUCCGAUGCGUGUAUCGAGACCCGGCCGACGCGGUCUGCGCGGGAUGCAAGCUUCGCGGCACAGCAUGCAUCAGCCAAGACCUCCCCGAAGAAGCAUCACCACCGGUCGUCAAGCGCCGUGGCCGUGCAAGCCAACGCAUCGGUCGAGUGGAAGCUCUUGUUGAGCAGCUGAUCGAAAAGAUUGACGCCUCCAAGACCCCAGACGUUGCAGACCUGUGCGCCAUUGGCCAUCCGGAAGGACAAGUCGGCAAGUCUGCAACACCGACGGUCACACCUACUAGUAUUGCGACUCCCGCAAAGUUUGAGGGGGGAGGGUUGUCUUCACGGGUUAUUCCCUCGGCUCCGGCUUCUACAAACGGCAGCGCUCUCGCAGUCGGUGAGAAGCACAUUGCUCUAUCCAAGAAACUCCAUUCCCUACUUCCUACGCCAGCUGAUGCACGUCUUAUCUAUCAUAGAAGCAACAGAAUCACCGCAUACUUCAACCGCAUGAUGGUCAUGCCUUGUAAGCUUCUGGAAGACGAAGAGUUGCCAACCCUUGAAGAGUUCAACCAAAGCCCUGAGCCCUCGGCUCACCCUGUGCUGAUUGCCACGAGAAUGUUGACGUUAGCAAUGCAUCUCCAAACAUAUCGGGAAGAUGAUAGGGAAGGGGCCGAGAAAUUAUCCAUGGAUCCUGCCAAGAUGAUGGAACAGAUGGUUGAAGCCGUGGGCAUUUCGGUCUGUGGAGACGACGAGCUCGUGGGGACCCUCGAAGGCCUACAGUGUCUCAUCCACAAAGCCGUCUUCUUGUCCAACAAUGGCAGCUUGCGGCGGGCCUGGCUUGAUCUUCGUCGCUGCAUUGCCGUUGCACAGUUACUUAACCUGCACGUUCCCAAUCGUUGCGCUGCAAAGGCCCUUGAUCCAAACAACAAGGCAGUCCCUCAGAUCAUGUGGUUCCGGAUAAUCUACAUACACCACUUCAUUAGCUUGCUGCUUGGACUCCCGCAAGGCGCCUGGGAAGGAGGUGGCUCUAUCACGGAGGCGAAGUGGGCGACAGAGCACCACCCCAUCGAACACUACGGUUAUCUGCACUCCUGCAUCACCUUACGGAUACUCAAUCGCAAUACUGCCGAUCCCUUUUUCCAAAACCUGGCCAUGACGCAGGAGAUCGAUAUCGAUAUUCAAAAGGCCGCUUCAAUAAUGCCGCCUCGUUGGUGGCAGAUCCCUAACAUCUCCGACACCAUGUCGGACAAGGAGCUAUUCUGGACAGUGCUCCGUAUGACGACGCAGUUCUUUCACUUCCACCUCCUGAACCAGCUUCACCUCCCUUAUAUUCUCCGUUCUGUCCCGACAGACGCAUACCAGUGCCGCCGCGUCAUCUGCGUGACUGCAAGCCGUGAGCUGCUCACACGUUUCAUCCGGUUCCGCAGGGUUUCCCGCAUCGGUUUCUGCUGCCGCACCGCCGACUUCUUCGCCCUACUAGCGGCCAUCACCCUGCUCAUCGCUCACAUCGACAGCCGCCGUCUGGAUCCGAGCGUCAACUUCCUCGCGCACCAGAGGCUCUCUGACAGAGGUCUUGUGGAAGAAGCCCUCGACUGCAUGGCCGAGCUCAGCCAGCGGUCCAAGGACAUGCUGUCCAGGUGCAGUGCAGACGUACUUCGCAGGCUGCUCUACAUCGAAGCGGAUGGGCCGAGCUGGCGAGCCGAGAGCAUACCCAGCUCGCCUGCGCCGCCGGCGGACGGGGACGGUGCUGGAGAUGACGAUACGCUACACAUACACGUUCCGUAUUUUGGCACUGUGCGCAUCUCACGAGAGGGCACAAUAUGCAUGGCUACAGAAGGGCCUGCAAAUGAGACAGCAGGACAUCACAGCGGCGGCGUUGAGACCACUGGUACGACAUUGGCGGAGUCUCUAGCUGUGGGCUCAGCGCCUGGCGGCCGGCAUGAGCCAGGCGACACCUGGGUUGCACCAGUCCACGCUCAAGGGCUAGCACCAAGCUUACCAUCACUUCAUCAGCCUGGACAACAGCUGAGCUAUCAGAAUGCCUCUGACCCUUACCUCAUUGCUGAUGCGGAGGAAUGGGCGUUUCAGGGGGUUGAUGCCGCAUUCUUUGACAAUUUACGGAGAGGCGCUGACCUGUCGAACUAUGACCUUACUGGUUUUGAAAAUAUUGGAUAA